ACAAUGACAAUGACGACCCCGCACGGAUGGAUGAAAUGUUAGAGGAUGUCGCAGCUCUCGCAAGACAGUGGCAUCAUCAGAUGAAUUUAAAUUAUGUUGAAGCCUACAGAAUUGCAACUGAUUACUACAAGGCGUACGUCCUUAAAGUUCCAUGCCGUACUUCCAUAUUGUCGGGGAGGGCAUGGAUUACGGAAUUAUUCGAGGGUCACAAUGGCCGCUUCCGGGACGAAUUGUGCAUGCCCAAACAGGUGUUCAUUCGGUUAUGUACGACGUUGGUAAAUGACUUCGGGUUGCGUGUACCCGAGCGGCCGCACGGCUUGCACGUCGAGGAGAGUGUUGCAAUAUUUAUUCAUGUGCUUAAAAACUUGCCAAAUCGGGAGUUACAAGAACGCUUCCAACAUUCUGGUGAAACUAUUUCACGGCAUUUUCAUACCGUCUUGAAAGCAAUGAAAAAAUUCACUGUCGUUCACUGCAGGCCCCCUGCUAAUUUCCAGACGCACAGGGAUCCUAUUUUUCAAUCUCAACGACAAUAUAUGUCGUUCAAGUUCAUAUAUAGGAUUGCUUAGGUGCAUUGGAUGGGACACAUGUACCGGCAUGCAUAAAGGAGUCAGAAGUAGCCCCAUAUUUCAGCCGAAAGGGGUGUCACACCCAGAAUAUUUUGGCGGUAUGUGAUUUCAAUAUGUGCUUUGUGUUUGUGUCGUGCGGGUGGGAGGGCAGCAUGCACGACAGCCAGGUUUUAAGCAACGUAACGGUGGAUCCACAAUACAAUUUUCCAACUGCAA